GGCGGGAUGAACGGGACGGGCCCGGGGCUGUGCGAGAGCGGCGGAGCGCUGCCGGCCGGGGCUCGCCCCCUGGUCAGCGCCCUCAUGUUUUCCGCCGGGCUUUUGGGCAACCUCCUGGCUUUGGGGCUCCUCCUGAGCUGCCGCCGCGCUCCCCGCCACCGCCCGCCUUCCCUCUUCCACGUCCUGGUGUUGGCCUUGGUGGUCACCGACCUGUUGGGCACCUGCUCCGUUAGCCCCGUCGUCCUGGCCUCCUAUCACCGCAACCGCACCCUGACCGCCCUGGCUCAAGGAGGACACAUCUGCCUCUACUUCGGCUUCGCCAUGAGCUUCUUCGGCCUCGCCACCAUGCUCAUCCUCUUCGCCAUGGCGCUGGAGCGGUGCCUGGCCCUGGGGCGGCCUUAUUUCUACGAGCGUUUUCUCAGCCCCCGCACGGGCUUGGUUGCCCUGCCCGCCAUCUACACCUUCUCCGCGGCCUUCUGCUCCUUGCCGCUGGUGGGCUUCGGGCAGUACGUGCAGUAUUGCCCCGGCACCUGGUGCUUCAUCCAGAUGCACCUGGAUGACCUCCAGGACAACGGCGGCAGGGAGGCGUCCGGGUUGGACGUCACCUUCUCCCUUCUCUACGCCACCCUCCUCCUCUUCCUCAUCCUCUCCGUGCUGCUCUGCAACCUCAGUGUCAUUGCCAACCUCGCCCGCAUGCACCGCCGCGGGCAGAGGACCCGCCGACUGGCCACGCUCGAGCAGCCCCGGGCGGCCGGCGGCUGCGGCCGGCGCAUGUUCUCCAUGGCCGAGGAGAUCGACCAUCUCCUUCUCCUCUCCAUCAUGACCAUCACCUUCGUCAUCUGCUCCCUGCCGUUCACGAUCCGCGCCUACGUGAACAAAUUCAGCAAGGCAGAGGGCGACCACAACUGGGACCUCCUAGCCCUGAGAUUUCUCUCGAUCAAUUCCAUCGUCGACCCGUGGGUCUUUGCCAUCCUGAGGCCGCCGGUCCUGCGGCUCAUGCGCUCGGUGCUGUGCUGCCAGGUGACCCCCACAAGCCAGGACAGACGGACUCCGUCCCCCGCAAAGACAAAACUGGCAGCACGGCUGGACCCCUGUGGGCAGUAGAUCCAUCGGCCGCUCCAGGAGACAUCUGUGAGGUGAAGCACAGCCCUGACAGAUGUUAGCAAAGCUCUGCCUUAUGGCCCGUAAAGAGAUGUAUCUGCUGCGGGGUGGGCCAGGUACGGGUGGCCUGGCCAAGUGUCACCACGUGUCUGGGAAGCCCUUGGAAAGCCAGCACGGUCUCUCACAGGGCAAAAAAUAUAGUGGGACGAGGUCGGAAGGGCUGAUGAGUACCUGGAUAUUGCUGUCGCCCUUAGACGGGGCUGCUCCCGCCCGGUGAAGGGUGCAGGGUGCAUUCGGCCAUG